CGAACUCCUGGGCUCAAAGGAUCCUCCUGCCUCAGCCUCCCAUGUAGCUGGGACUUCAGGCGCAUGCCACCACACCUGGCUAAGCCCCAGGAUUUAGCGGGAAAAGUGAAAUAACCAAGUGAGAUUAGAAUGGAGUUUUGUGGGAUUGGGGCCAAACCCAAAGGGGAGAUGCUUGAGGAGCCUCCUGGUGGAAGUGGGGCUCCAGUGAAGGACUUGUCAGAUUUGGAACAAGCAGGAAGGACCUGGGGAUUUGCAUGGUAUGGUGGAAGCCAUGGAAAGUUCUUGAGCAGGGAAUAGGAAACAUCAUACAGUACUUCUGGGAGAAGACCGGCUGCAUGGGGUUGGGGAGGGAGGGCAGCGUGCAGGCCUGAGGCCGGGACUUCAGGCAGAAGGGUGCUGACUCUAAGGAUGUGGCCCUUGCCAUCCUCAGGGGCUCCUGUGUCCUCCCUGGGUCAACCAGGUAAGCUGUUUCUCCCACCUUUUCCUGCCAUAAGGGGCCGAGUCUCUGUAUUUCCCCUAGCACCCUCGUGGCUCAGCUCAGUUUCCUCCUCCUCCUCAACCCCAGUGUCAUAACUUAGAAGCCACCAACCUCUAAGGUGUCCAGAUGAGGAAAUAGGCCUAUAAACAACACUCAUUUCACUGAGGUCUCAUAGUAAUCCACGGGGCUGGAAGUAGAACAUAGGCCUCCUAGCCUCUGGGCACACCUGGCUCCCUGCAGCCCCCACUCCUCAGACCCCUUCCCCCAGCAGCAGCUGCUGAGCACUCCUUAAGUGGAUCUGCCCUAAUCCUCUUCCCUUCAUCACCCAGGGAGGAUGAGCUGGUGUUAAGACUAAUACAGCCGUUAAUCCUGUUUCCUCCCAGCCAUGAUCCCCAGGAGCAUCUGGGUGGAGGGCAUCUGGGUUCUGGACCAGAAAGUAGAGCUGGUAUGCCAGGAGGCCACGUUAGAUCAGGGAAACUCCAUUCACCAAGGCCAUGGAAGUGGAGGCUGCAGAGGCCCGGUCCCCAGCCCCCGGCUACAAGCGCUCUGGCCGCCGCUACAAGUGCCUGUCCUGUACCAAGACAUUUCCAAAUGCACCCAGGGCAGCGCGCCAUGCUGCCACACACGGGCCAGCAGACUGCUCUGAGGAGGUGGCUGAGCUGAAGCCAAAGCCGGAGACAGAAGCUAAGGCAGAGGAAGCCAGUGGGGACAAGGUGUCAGGCUCUGCGGCUAAGCCUAGGCCCUAUGCGUGUCCGCUGUGCCCCAAGGCCUACAAGACGGCACCCGAGCUGCGCAGCCACGGGCGCAGCCACACGGGAGAGAAGCCUUUUCCGUGCCCCGAGUGCGGCCGCCGCUUCAUGCAGCCCGUGUGCCUGCGCGUGCACCUGGCCUCCCACGCUGGCGAACUGCCCUUCCGCUGUGCGCACUGCCCCAAGGCCUAUGGCGCACUCUCCAAGCUCAAGAUCCACCAGCGCGGCCACACGGGCGAGCGGCCCUAUGCCUGCGCUGACUGCGGCAAGAGCUUUGCUGACCCUUCAGUGUUCCGCAAGCACCGGCGUACUCACGCUGGCCUGCGGCCCUACAGCUGUGAGCGUUGCGGCAAAGCCUACGCUGAGCUAAAAGACCUCCGCAACCAUGAGCGGUCCCACACCGGCGAGCGCCCCUUCCUCUGCUCCGAGUGCGGGAAGAGCUUCUCCCGCUCAUCCUCUCUCACGUGCCACCAGCGCAUCCACGCAGCACAGAAGCCCUACCGCUGCCCGGCCUGCGGCAAGGGCUUCACGCAGCUCAGUUCCUACCAGAGCCAUGAGCGCACACACUCGGGGGAGAAGCCCUUCCUGUGCCCGCGCUGCGGCCGCAUGUUCUCCGACCCCUCGAGCUUCCGGCGCCACCAGCGCGCGCAUGAGGGGGUGAAGCCAUACCACUGCGAGAAGUGCGGCAAGGACUUCCGGCAGCCGGCUGACCUGGCCAUGCACCGGCGCGUGCACACGGGCGACCGGCCAUUCAAGUGCCUGCAGUGUGACAAGACGUUCGUGGCGUCCUGGGAUCUCAAGCGGCACGCGCUGGUGCACUCUGGCCAGCGGCCCUUCCGCUGCGAGGAGUGCGGACGAGCCUUUGCCGAGCGUGCCAGCCUCACGAAGCACAGCCGGGUGCACUCGGGGGAGCGCCCCUUCCACUGUAACGCGUGCGGAAAGUCCUUUGUGGUGUCAUCGAGCCUGAGGAAGCACGAGCGGACCCAUCGAAGCAAUGAGGCCGCGGGGGCGCCCCCUGCACAGGAGCUGGUGGUGGGGUUGGCGCUGCCUGUGGGUGUGGCAGGCGAGGGCUCAGCCACCCCAGCAGCAGGAACGGGGCUAGGGGACCCUCCAGCAGGGCUGCUAGGGCUGCCCCCGGAGUCAGGUGGUGUGAUGGCCACACAGUGGCAGGUGGUGGGCAUGACGGUGGAGCAUGUAGAAUGCCAAGAUGCCGGCGUCCGGGAGGCUCCUGGUCCCCUGGAAGGGGCAGGCGAGGUGGGGGGUGAGGAGGCUGAUGAGAAGCCCCCCCAGUUUGUGUGCCGAGAGUGCAAGGAGACCUUCUCCACAAUGACACUGCUGCGUCGGCACGAGCGCUCACACCCGGAGCUCCGGCCCUUCCCCUGCACCCAGUGCGGCAAGAGCUUCUCUGACCGAGCUGGGCUGCGGAAACACAGCCGCACUCAUAGCUCAGUGCGCCCCUACACCUGCCCCCAUUGUCCCAAGGCCUUCUUGAGUGCCAGCGACCUGCGCAAGCACGAACGUACCCACCCUGUGCCCAUGGGGACCCCCACACCCCUGGAGCCCCUGGCGGCUUUGCUAGGAAUACCUGAAGAGGGGCCGGCCUGAAACCCAUGACCCCCAGCACCACACUCCAGGAACCCAGCCCCCAUUGGGGGCUUCCUGUACCUCCUUUUGCCUGGCUCUGCUCUUUAGACUCCAGAUCCCUACCCCUCAGCAACUAGCUAACUUGUCGCCCAGCUAAGAGAGCUGGGACAAUGGAGGCUGGCAGCAGCUGAGACGUGACUGUCUAGGAGUAACACUCAUUAAAGCUUUCAUUUUGGCA